GCUAUGUAUACAUGCACACAGCCACCAGCUCCCUUGCUCAUCUGCAUGCGGCCGUGUUGCUACUGACCAAUGCCUAGCUAGCAAGCUCCACUACAGCUUUGACCACUGAGCCGUUGCUGCUGCUCACCUGUCUCCUGAAAUCGUUGGGAGUCAUCGAUCGUCUUCUUCGUCUCCUCCUCCUCUUCGCGAUCUGAUUCUUUUCUGUCACUGCGUUAUGGAGGCGCUCGAUGACUGCAAGUGGCGCCAAAUCCCGGCGUUCGGCGACUGGAAUAUAUGGGAUGAUAUGCCCGUCACCCAAUACUUCGAGUCAGGGACUUUCUUCUUCACAGCACAAGCAGAGAAAGAUGAGGACCUCUUCAAGGUGCCCCAGUUCCCUGCCAACCCCUACAACUACAAGAAGUGCGUUGUUCGAGUGAAAGGGGAGAAAGAAAACGCGAAUGCGAAUGCGAAUGCUGUGCGUGUGAGAAAGGGAGGAAGGAAGCAGCAGUAUCUGAAUGAGCAGCAGAAGUGGAAGCCAAAGACGGCAGUGGAUGAGGACCUGUACAAGAUCUCACCAAAGCUAAUCUGCAGGGUGAAGAAGAAGAAGUUGCUGAGGAAUUUGCUAGGAGGGUGCCUUGGCGUGAACUGCAUCGCUUGAAAAACAACUAGCCUCAAUAAAUUUCUCCCAAGGGUUUGGGUGUUAGAAAGAGAUGUAUGUACAUUGUGUGCUGAUAUGGAAGUAAUGGAAACUGAUUACUGUUUGGACUCGAUUGAAUGUGAUGAUGUCCGUUCAAAAAAAAAAUGAAUGUGAUGAUGAUAAUAAUAAUAAUAAAUACGCUUUCCA